AUGUACCUGGACAUCAAAAAGGGGACAGCCCCACGGCACGAGGAAAUCGUGGCGCAGAUCUGGUGGCUCGAAAAGCGGCUGAUGAAGAUUUCAUCGCUCCGCUCCGGCGUCGUCGACAGGACCAAGGCAACUCGUCUGGACCAUCUUAUGGAUGACCACGUUACUCUGCUCCGAAGCUGCCAGCGACCCGUACCUCCGUACUCUGAUUGGGAAAAGGAUCAUAACUUUGCCCAGGCAGUAGGCCUCAACGCCUCUUACGACCUGGCCAACGGCACCGAUCCUCCCCAAUGUCGAUGGGGAGAACGAAAAAGAAAACAAAGCAGUCUUUCCCAGCCACAGUAUGAUGCUGUACAUAUUUUCGUUAAGGGUUCACUUCUUAGUGUCCUUGCUAUAGCAUAUGUGGCAGGAAUAUGUUGUCCUUUUCUCAACUGUAGAGUUAAUAAUUUCAAAGGAGACCGCUGGUGUGCUCUCACUGUAGCUCAUGAGUUAGGCUAUGAACUGGGUAUGCAGCAUGAUGAAGAAUUGUGUGGACAAAGUGUUUGCAUCAUGAAUGCUAUCAGGUUGCCAGCAGAGAGAUUCAUGAAUUGUAGCUAUGCAGAAUAUACAAAGACCAUUUUAAAUCAGGGAUCAUGUCUGCACAAUCUGCCAAUUCCAGGGGCAGUCUUCAUGCUGAAGCACUGUGGGAAUGGUGUGAUUGAAGAAGAGCAGUGUGACUGUGGAUCAAUAAAGCAGUGUGAACAAGAUCCCUGUUGUCUGUUGAACUGCACUCUAAGACCUGGGGCUGCUUGUGCUUUUGGGCUUUGUUGCAAAGACUGCAAGUUCAUGCCAUCAGGGGAGCUCUGUAGACCUCAGAUCAAUGAAUGUGACCUUCUGGAAUGGUACAAUGGGACAUCUCAUCAGUGCCCAGAAGAUGUCCAUGUGCAGGACGGGAUUCCCUGUAGUGACAGUGCCUUUUGCUAUCAGAAGAGCUGCAACAGCCAUGAUGGACAGUGCAGGGAGAUUUUUGGUGAAGGUGCAAAGAGCGCAUCUCAGAGUUGCUGUACGGAGAUCAAUCCCCUGGAAAGCCAUUCAACACAAAUGACCCUUAUCUCCCGGAAAAGAAGAGAAAAUGACCUGAGGUAUAGAUAG